AUGGCUUCAUCCUCCACUACCUCAAGAACAUUGCCUUUACAGGCAAGACCUUCAGAUUACCAUCCAUAUCCACCUCCUAUGGCUACAUAUGAGGAAGUUGUUGCCUCUCCUCAACUGUUCUGGGUGACUUUGGAGAAGCUACAUGCUGCCAUGGGAACCAAGUUCAUGAUCCCUACUGUUGCAGGUCGGGAUUUAGAUUUGCAUCGACUUUUUGUUGAGGUGACUUCUCGUGGUGGUAUUGCUAAGAUUCUCCAGGAGAGAAAGUGGAAAGAUGUAAUUGGUGUUUUCAGCUUUCCAUCUUCAGCAACUAAUGCUUCUUUUGUUCUUCGGAAGUAUUAUUUUUCACUGCUACUACACUAUGAAAAAAUCUACUUUUUUAAGGCUGAGGGUUGGACAUCUGAUGCUUCACAUAGUUCUUCGUCUCCAAUUACACCUCUGCCGCGUGAAUUAACUAAAACCACGCAGUCAUCACUGGUAAACCAAGCAGGCAUGCAACAAGCAAGGGUGGUAGAAUCGGCAAAGCUGUUACCUGAAGCAUGUCCAGCACUAUCAAUGGGUUCCGAAGUGCAUGGGGUUAUCGAUGGAAAGUUUGAAAGUGGAUAUCUUAUAACUGUGAAAAUUGGCUCAGAGGAACUGAAAGGUGUCCUUUAUCAGGCUCCUUUUAAGUCUGCUCACCAGAAAUUUCAACAUCAAAAUACUCAGCAAUGCCAAAGGGCAUCUGGCAGUAAAACUAAAAGUCCGUCGGUAGCAUUAGGGAUAGCCCGUCGCAGGCGUAGGAAGAAAUCUGAAAUCAAGAAAAGGGAUCCAGCCCAUCCAAAGCCUAAUAGAAGUGGAUAUAACUUUUUCUUUGCAGAGCAGCAUGCCAGACUAAAACCACUUUAUCCAGGAAAAGAUCGGGAGAUCAGUAAGAUGAUUGGUGAUUCAUGGAACAAACUAAAUGACUCUGAAAAGGCUGUCUAUCAAGAAAAAGCUGUCAGGGACAAAGAAAGAUACAGAAUAGAGAUGGAAGGAUAUAGAGAAAGACUUAGGACAGGGCAGACUUUAGGUGGUGCAACUCCAAAUCUACAACAGUCCCUUGAUCCACAUGUGAGUACUGCUUUGGACGUGAACCAGAUACUUCAAACCAAUGAUGCAUGCUCACCUUACUUGCGUGAGAAAGCAACAAUUUCAAAUAGUAAUGGCAAAAAUAACCUACAGCUGAGUAAAGGGCAGACCAUUACUGAUGCAGUUGUCAUGCAACAGCAGAACCUUAGGCCAGAUCUCAACUUGAUGGACCUGGACAAGAAUUUUCAAAUGGAGGAUGCACCUUAUAUUCCUGAGAAAGAGGUAAGUAGUGACAGUGGAAAGAGAAAUGUUGAGGGUCAUCAUCAAAUCAUGGAAAAGGGUGCAGAAAUGGACGUGCUCUGCAGAGCAGAAAGUGCUCAAAGAAAGGCGUCUGAGGAGAUUAUGGCUGAUGAAGAAGGAACUAAAAUCCAGAAGAGGACCGACGUUGAUGCAGAAGAGCAUAAGUUGUGCAGUGGAGAUAUUGCUGUAGAGAUUGAUAAAGCAGGAUUAGCUACUAGUGAAGAAGUUCCAGUCUCAAUGCAGGAGAGCAUGCCCGCUCCUGAUGCAGGGAUCUAGGUCCUACGCAAGGAAGCUGGAAAAUCAGUUUCUAGUCAAUAGAUUUCUCAUACAUCAUUCAAGUCAUUAUCCAAUGAUGAGCAGUGUAGUUCUAGGUGUUGUAGAUUUUCAUCAUCAUAUCUGAUCCUGGAAAUUCUUCUCUCAAUCCAGAACUAAUUAUUAGCAAAAAGUAGAAUGCAAGACUCCCUGUUCAUCAACCUGUCUUAGUUUGGACAUGCACAUUGGGCUGGACUUGAAAUUACUUGGUAUAUCUUUUGGUAUGUUUAAUGCUAUAUAUCUUUUCUAGACCUCUA